AUGGGGAAUAUUCUUAGGAGAAGCUGCGCCGUGCACCCGGCUUCCGGCGACGGAGGAGGAAGAAGGAACGUGGCGGAGACGGUGCCCGGAGAGAUGAAGAAGAAGGAUCAUUUAAGGAUUAAAGUGAGGAUGAGAAGAGAUAAAUUGGAAGAGCUUUUGUAUUUGGCCCAUCAUGGUGAUCAAUCGGACGGUGGUAAUAAGACGAUUGGUUUCUUGAUUCUUAAAGAAUGUAUGGAAGGUCGUUUACCGGCGAGUGUUCUUAGCUCCGGCGACGAUGUUUGGUCUCAACAUCACUUGGUGUCUCGAAAAUUGGGUUCCAUCACAGAGGAAUAA